UAGUAAAGUUUUGAAUAAUACUUCUUCUUCCUUCUCUCUCUCUCUCUCUCUUCGUGUGUCACAGUGUUUUGUAGUUCUGACGCGAGGACUGGGCUCUCACAUGACUCCUCUGCAAACCACGUAUUGAAGAAGAUGGACAAAAUAAACCCAAAAGAUCUUCUCUUUCUUCUCCUUCUCCUUCUCUCUCUUCUUUGGUAAAAAAAGAAAAAAAGGGUCUUUGUUAAGUCUGUCACUCACUCCCCAUUUUCAGUUCUGCAAAGUCCAACAGCCAUUACCAUCUCAUCGUCCUUCUCCUGAAACCUCCCCUGACUCAGCUCUUUCUCACUCAAAGUGUCCUCCUUUUUUCUCCUAUCUUUACCAUCUCUUUUUCUAAAAAAAAUCUCUCUUCCCCAUUCCUCUAGUCUGGCUCUCCCAACCAUGGAAAGCUUCAGCUUGCUCAAAUAUUGGAGAGGUGGCGGCGCCGGUGCUGGCGCUACUGCCGCCGCUGAUUUUGCUUUUAAUAGCAACUCCUCUGCUUCUGCCACCGCUACUGUUGUCACUGCUGUUCCGCGGAAAGAGGUGGAGACGGAUGAGGAGGAGAAUGAUAAUGAUGAUGGACCGUUUUUUGAUUUGGAGUUUGCCGUGCCCGAUGAGGAUGAGGGUCGAAAACAGGGAACAGACUGUAUUGAUGGAAGUGAAGAAGAAGGAGAAGAGGAUGAUGAUGAUGAUGAAGAUGAUGAAGAUGGAGAUGGGGAUGAGAGAGAGUUCAACUUCACGCUCUCAUCUGGCUCUAGCAAUGAACAUUCCGAUGCCAAUCUCACGUUUUCUCCUUCUGAUGACUUGUUUUUCAAAGGUAAGCUUGUUCCAGUUGAAGCUUCCUCCAAUGGCGGUUCUGAACCAAACGUCAGGCCGCAACUUCGUGUCACAUUGUUGAAAUCAGCUGCCAAGUUUAGGGUCUUCAUGUCGGGUUUGAAGAAAUCGAAAUCCAACGGGGAAAAGAAAACAGAGAUGGAUGGAUCUGUUGGGGAAACGGCUAAAAGUGAGACAAAAGAAGAGACGACGGGAAACCCAUCGGAGAAAAACGAGAAUCAACUGGAAAAAGAUCAGAAUCAGACUAAAAAUAAGUUUUUCGCUGUGAAAUUUAAGGUGGAGGAAGUUCCGAUCAUGUCUCUGUUUACUAGAGACAACAGUUCAAGAGGGUCCGGUGUAACAACCAACAACAAACCCCAGAAACAAACCUCCGAUGAAUCAACUCCGGAGGAAACUCGAUUCUCAAAAGACGUAUUAAUGCAAAAGUACUUGAAGAUGGUGAAGCCUCUGUACAUUCGGGUUUCAAGAAGGUAUGGCGAGAAGUUCAAACUAUCCGGACAGCUUAUUUUGGGUGCAGCUGGAGCCAAGUCCAGUGCGCCGCCGUCUAUAGCGGCGCCACCCACCUCCCCGUCGACGGAGAAGUCCGUGGUAGAGACAGAAGCUGUCCAAGUGAAACCGCCAACCACCACCACCAACAGCAAAGGCAGGAACAUGCCAGCCAAGCUAAGAGUGGUUUGUAAGCAUUUGGGGAAAAGUCGGUCAGCUUCCUCCGCCGUAGCGGCGGCGCCACCGGGGGUGGCUCCCUCGAGAAGAGACGAUUCGCUUCUGCAGCAACAAGACGGAAUCCAAAGCGCCAUUCUCCAUUGCAAGAGAUCCUUCAACGCUUCUCGAGGUUCAGAGUCUUCCUUAUUAUCAAGGUCAGUAAGCGACACUCUGCGUGAGAAACCUUCAGAUUUAACAGAAAAAGCCAUUGGUUGAAGGUAAAGAACACAAAGUUCAGAUCGAACCAAGAGAAUAUUUCAAGCCAAACAGAAACGGCGGGAAAAAUUUUGGUCAAUAUCCUGAAUAUUUCUCUCGUUUUUACAUAAAUAUAUAUAUAUCUUUGUGUAGUAUAUGUAAAUGUGCAGGUGUUAGGUUAGGGGAUUGAAUUUCUGGGGUGGGUUUGGCUUCUAAGUAAGAAAAUGUUCAAUCUUUCCAAUGAAGGGAAAAAAGAAGAAAGAUUGGAUUGUAUGUGUUUUUUUUUUUGUAAUCAGUAAAAAGUAUUUAGGAAAAGAUACAUACAAACCAA